AUGCCCGUCCGUCCAUCUUUGAAAGGUUCAACCUUUGACGCAGACCUGCGAGAUCGACAUCUGAUCUAUGACUAUGACGCGCAAGACGAACAGGGCACCCCCCAGAAGUGGCGGUAUGAGAUGUGGUUCCAAAACGAAGAUCGCAUCAACUACGCCAUUCAUGGCGGGCCAAUGGCUGGCCGAAUCAACUUCCAGGCGGUGGAGUACCAAUGCAUCCGAGCCGGGGAGUUGUGGCAGUGUAACUGGCUGGAAGAGACGGGAACGAUGUGCUCUCUCGUGUACGACAUCCCGCAGCGACGGAUCACUACCAUGCUUGGUUUCUCUAAGGGACAUUGGGAGAAGGCCAAGGAUGCGCAUGGCGAUAAGCGGAACCCGGAAGAUUUUGAGCGGUGGCGCGGACUUGCGAAGAUCGGGAUUCAGACAGAUCGUGUCAUUCUGAGUGAGCAGGCCAACAUUUUGGAGGAUUUCCGUGGACCGGGAAAUUUGAAGCCUGCCGAGAAUAGCUGGCCGACUUUGUGA